AUGGCUACCCCCAGUGUCCUCACCUUUGACGCUGAGGGCAGAGCCAUCGACUUUGACGUGUGGGUAGACGACCUACUGCUUUUCCUACAGUGCGACAAAGCUGACGGCCUCUCUCUCUUUGAUCUCACUUCUGGUGCCUCUCCCGCCCCUGCUACUACUGAGGAUGCCACUGUUCGCUCACAGUGGGCCACUCGCGAUGCUGCUGCACGUCUUGCUGUGCGUCGCCACCUCCCUCCCUCUGAGCGUGCACACUUUGGGUCGUACAAGAGUGCUCAGACCUUGUACGACGCCGUUAUUGCACGCUACUCCACCCCUGCCACUGCUACACUGAGCCGCCUCAUGCUACCGUACCUCUUUCCCGACCUUGCUUCUUUUGCCACAGUCGCCGACCUCAUUACCCACCUGCGCACUAGUGACGCUCGCUUCCGCGCUGCACUUCCUGCUGAGUUCUGCGCCAAGAACCCCCCCCCCCCAGGGUGUUCCCCCUCCCCCCUCCUGCCCUCUGUCGCCUCUGCUGCCACGACCGACCUCGUUGGUUUUGAGUCGGUCGGUGCGGCGUCUGCCCCCAGCGGGAGACGUCGCUCUGGCAAGGGCAAGGGGGGCAGGGGCGGUGGGGGAGGCGGCGGGGGCGGUGGAGGCGGCGGUGGAGGCAGCGGAGGAGGUGAGGGUGGUAGCGGGAGUGGUGGCGGGAGUGAAGGUGUCAGCGGCGGCAGUGGAGGCGGGGGCGGCAGCGGCGGUGGUGGUGGGAGUGGAGGCGGAGGCGGUGGUGGCGGCGGCGACGGUGGGGGUGGCGGUGGCAGCGGAGGUGGUGGCGGCGGCGGCGGAGGAGGCGGCGGAGGAGGCGGCGGAGGUCGUGGCUCGUCGCGGAGGAGUGGCUCCGGUGGUGGUCAGCGCCAGCAGCAGCAGCGUGGUCAGGAGACCCUCUCCCCGCAGCAGCUCCGUGAGUGGUACGCUGCACGUCAGAGGGGUGGGGGUCCUGGUCCGUGCACCUACGUCCUGCGCACUGGCGACCGUGCGGGUGAGCCGUGUGGUGGUCCACACUCCGCCCAGCGCUGCUUUGGCCGCCUGAUUGACGCCUGGCGCCGCCAGUUUCCUGAUGCCUCUGAGAUCCCUCGCUGGGACCAGCUGUCUAUGGCAGGAGUAGCUAUCUUUGAUCUUGACUUUGAUGCUAUUCUUCGUGCCAUGUAUGCUGUGACUAUUAGUGAGGAGGGUGACUGUUACCGGUGUUUCCCGCCCGACCCGAGCAUUGGUACUGCGGCUCUAGGUGCUGUUGAGGCUGCUGCUCCAGGUGCUGUUGAGACUGCGGCUCUAGGUGCUGUUGAGGCUGCUGCUCUAGGUGCCAGUGAGUCUGUGUCCCCAGGUGCUGGUGAGUCAGCUCUCUCAGGUACAGCGUCGGCUCCGCCCUCUCUCACCUUCACUCUUGACUCAGGAGCGUCUCACUCCUUCUUUCGAGACCGCACCACUCUCACGCCGCUUAGUCAGCCCGUGGCGGUCUCCCUGGCGGACCCCUCUGGGGGUCUUGUUCUGGCUCGCUACUCCACUGUCCUUCCGUGCCCUGCGGUCCCGUCUGGCUCCCUGUCCGGUCUCUACCUCCCCUCGUUCUCUACGAACUUGGUGGCGGGUGCUGACCUACAGGAUGCAGGGGUUGACCAGUUCACCCCUGCACGCCGACGGGACACCCACUGCACGGACGCGGACACGGGUCGACACUUGACCACGUUCACACGUGGGCCGGGGUCGAGCCUUUACACACUCACUGUUCCGUCUCCUCCUCCUACGUCUGGUCAGGUAGCUGCGUCGGGUCAGGUGUUUGCUGCAGCGUCCAGGUCUGGUCCUGAGUCUGCUCCCUGCUCGUGUCGCCUCCUGUCCCACGAGACCCUCCUGUGGCACCACAGGAUGGGUCACCCCUCCCUGCCUCGUCUCCGGGGCAUGGCCUCUCGCCUUCUUGUCUCGGGCCUUCCCCGGUCCCUCCCUCCCCUUCCUCCGGGCCCUGGCCCUCCCUGUGUCCCCUGUGUCGAGGGUCGCCUGCGGGCUACUCCUCACUCCUCCCCGUUUCCUCCGACGGAGGCCCCGAUGCAGACGCUUCACAUGGACGUGUGGGGCCCAGCCCGCGUCCGUGGACAGGGUCACGAGCGCUACUUCCUGCUGGUGGUUGACGACUACUCGCGUUACACCACAGUCUUCCCCUUGCGCAGCAAGGGUGAGGUCACUGAGGUGUUGAUCGACUGGAUCCGCGCAUCUCGUCUCCAGCUCAGGCGGAGCUUCGGCUCGGACUUUCCUGUUUUGCGUCUGCACUCGGACAGAGGCGGAGAGUUCUCCUCUGGCCUUCUGCGAGCCUACAAUCGGGCAAGAGGCAUCCAACUAGACCUUCACGCUUCCGGACUCUCCACAGCAGAAUGGGAUUGCUGA